GUGAGAGUCUCUCCGGUCAGAGGCUGUCCUCUCUGCUUCUUCUUGCCAACAUCUUGUGGAGUGUAAUACCGGAGCAUCCCGGGUGCAGCGCGGAUCAAUCCCAACUCCCUGACUCUGUGUGGGAUUUACCGAGGAAGGGGCUGCAGUCAGUCCCAUCCUCCAGGACCGAGAGGCGCACUUUACGGAGCAGAAUUAAGAGCAUACCGGAGCCUCUCCUCUGGACCAGAGUUACUGAGAGAAAUGUCAUCCGCUCACUAGAGCCACACUAAAACUGACACUGGAAUACAAUCAAAGCAGUUUAAUGGAGAGGAACAACUAGAACAAAUUAAAAUUAUUGUAUUCAAGGGAGGACAUUCCAGUCGCAAGCAAUUGGAUGAGAGUCUUAUUAGCCCUCGGCAACUCAAGAUGAUGUUUCCAUGGAAACAAAUUGUUCUGCUAUCAAUCACCGGAUGCCUUGCAGCCUGUACAGAGGAUGUCAUAUUACAAGGGCCAAGAUGGAGGACGGAGCCUACUGACCUCAUUUUGCCGAUCGACUCCCCGGACCAGCAGGCUACCAUCACAUGCGAGGCAGAGGGGAGCCCUCCUCCGCAGUACAGAUGGUCACUAAACGGAACACUCAUUGAUCUGGGGAAUGACUACCGGCGUCACAUGUCUGGGGGCAGCCUGAUCAUUAGCAACCUGGACAAGAACCAAGACAUCGGGGUAUACCAGUGCACAGCCUUCAACACGUGGGGGUCCAUCCUCAGCCGCAGAGCCAGCCUGCACUUUGCAUAUCUUGACAACUUCAAAACUCUAACAGUGAGGAACGCUGUGAACGUCCGCGAGGGCCAAGGAGUGGUUCUGUUAUGUGGACCUCCUACAUAUUCUGGAGAGCUGACAUUUGCGUGGAUCUUCAAUGAAUACCCGUACUUUGUCCAGCAAGACAGCAGGCGAUUCAUCUCUCAAGAGACCGGGAGUCUGUACAUCGCUAAAGUGGAGACCUCAGAUGUUGGCAACUACACCUGUGUGGUUAACAACACUGUCUCGAAGGAGAAGGUGCUCAGCUCUCCAACACCACUGGUCCUCAGAAGUGAUGGAGUAAUGGGUGAAUAUGAACCCAAAAUAGAGGUUCAUUUCCCUGAUUCGGUUCCAGCUGCGAAGGAAUCGGUGGUGAAACUAGAAUGCUUCGCUCUGGGAAACCCUGUCCCAGAAAUAAGCUGGAGGAGAACCAGCGGCAUCCCUUUCCCCAGCAAAGUGAAAAUGAAGAAUUCAAACGCCGUCCUUGAAAUCCCCAAUUUACAGCAGGAAGACGCUGGGACGUACGAAUGUAUGGCAGAGAAUCGGCGAGGAAAAAACGCUGCACGGGGUCGUAUCUCAUUCCAUGCUAAACCUCACUGGCUCCAGACAAUGACGGACACAGCUCUGUCCAUCGAAGAAAACCUCUUUUGGGAGUGCAAGGCGAAUGGAAAGCCCAAACCGUCCUACAGCUGGCUGAAGAAUGGGGAGCAAGUGAUGGCUGAGGGCCGGGUACAAAUCGAAAACGGGGCCCUCUCCAUGGCUGCUUUAAACCUGUCCGAUUCAGGGAUGUAUCAGUGUGUGGCUGAAAACAAACAUGGCAUUAUUUAUUCCAGUGCCCAACUAAUGGUGUUAGCUUCACCUCCCAGUUUCUCCAAAAGUCCAUUAAGGGCCCUGCUAAAAGCCCGCUCAGGAAGUGAAGUCACUCUGGAAUGCAAGCCCGAGGCCUCACCCCCAGCAAUUAGCCUGUGGAAGAAAGGGAAUGAGAUCCUGCAGAGAAGCGAAAGGAUUACUUUGCUUCCCAACGGGACUUUAAAGAUCGCCAAUGUUACCCGACGGGAUGCAGCCAUCUACACGUGCAUCACUAAGAAUCAGUUUGGGACAGCAAGCACAAGUGGGAGGCUGCUCAUCACCGAGCCCACCAGGAUCACCAUGAGGCCUACUAACAUGGAGAUUAUUGUUGGCGAGAGCAUCGUGUUACCCUGCCAGAUUGCCUGCGAUCCAGCUCUGGAUGUUUCUUUCUCGUGGGCAUUCAACGGCCAGCUCAUCGACUUCCAGCGAGACAGCGAUCAUUUCGAAAGAGUGGGCGGGAGUAUAUCAGGGGAUCUAAUGGUUCGUAACAUCCAGCUGAACCACGGAGGAAAAUAUGUCUGCGUUAUUGACACUGAUGUGGAAAGCCUGUCCACCUCUGCCAUCUUAGUUGUGAAAGGUCCGCCAGGUCCUCCAGACAAGGUGUCGGUGGUGGAGAUCACAGACAGCACUGCCCAGCUCUCCUGGACUCCAGGAAGGGACAAUGGCAGCCCCAUCACCGGCUACAUCAUCCAGGCCAGGACUCCUUUCACUGUGGGCUGGCAGGUUGUGGAUACAGUGCCGGAGGAAGUCAACGGGAACAUGCUGACGGCCACGGUGUCCGGUCUGAACGCCUGGGUGGAGUACGAGUUCAGGGUAGUGGCUCGCAAUACCGUGGGCCUCGGAGAGCCUAGUCCAGCCUCGGCCAUGACCAGGACAGAGGAUACCAUUCCUGAUACAGCUCCCACUGAUGUCGGAGGUGGAGGCGGCACAAAGUCUGAAUUAGUGAUAACAUGGGAGCCUGUUCCCGAGGAGCUGCAGAACGGAGAGGGCUUUGGGUACAUCAUCGCCUUCAGACCCGUGGGCACAGUCACCUGGACCCGGGCGGUGAUCUCCACUCCCGGCGUGUAUCGUUACGACUUCCGCAACGACACCAUCCCAGCGUUCUCGCCAUUUGACGUGAAAGUGGGGGCGUUCAACAACCAAGGGGAGGGGCCCUUCAGCUCUAUCGCCACCGUGUUCUCGGCAGAGGAAGUCCCCGGUGUGCCUCCUAAGAGGGUAAGGACCAGGAUUGUGUCUGCGGUGCAAAUUGAAGUGAUCUGGGAAGCUCUUCCUGCGAUAUCGGAAAGAGUGCUCGGAUAUGAGGUCAUGUACUGGGAAGACGACACCAAGCCUGACACUAUUGGCAAAGUGCGCAUAUCUGGAAACUAUACGCUGGUUAACAUUACGGGGCUGAAAGGAAACACAGUCUACUACCUCUGUGUGGCUGCAUUCAAUACGGGCGGCCCUGGGCCACAGUCUGCGUCCAUCAACACCACCACAAAGAAACCACCUCCAGAUCGGGCUCCUCUCAACAUACAAUGGACCAUGAUUGGCUCCACACUUACGAUGCACUGGGAUCCUGUCGUUGCUUUUGAGACAGAGUCAAAGGUCACUGGAUACUUGGUCCUGCUGAAAAGACAUCGCAACAAUGACAUCAGCACUAUCUCCACCAACAAGACCACUGUGGAGCUCAGCCUCUCAUCCUAUGACAACUAUCUCAUUCAGAUCAAGACCAUGAGUGAGGGCGGCGAAGGUGUGGGCAGCGAACCCAUCCACAUCCAUAAAUUAAGCAUGGGAGCGCGAGGCUCAGGAGCGACUCGCCUCAGCCCAUUGGUCCUCUCUUCAGUCCUCAUCAGCGCACUGCUCUGCUCCGCCUGGUGAUGUCUGAUCAGAGCCUUCGGAGCGCCUUCCCUCCCCCUCCAUCCCUUUCUCUGGACUGGCACAAGGCCCGGACUUCAGUGGCAGAACUGGGAAAGACUGGACAACACUGGACUCCGCCAAUCUCUUAAAGGGACCACGCCACUUUGUUUUGAAGGGCCAUCACACAGAGACGUGAAGAUGUUGCGUGCAUGAUAUCUUUCAGUAUUUCUUACAGCGUCAUAAGUGCCACCGUGCUCUAGGUUUCAUUUUAGAAGUUAUGAUGUCCACAUGACUUAUCUUCUUAGUAUCUUUGUAGAUACUAAUGCCUUAAAACCCAUUGUACACAGAACGUCCAUACCAAAGUAGGUGACAGGCUGCUUGUUUGGUGGUUUCUUUAACCCUAUAUACUCAGAAGAAUGUGUGUUAAAAUCCAAAUUCUCUACAGACGAUUAAUCUAUAUUCAUUGGGUUCAUUCUUAUAUUACUGUCUCAAUAAUCUUAAAUUUAACCUGUUCCAUUGACAGAACAUCAGCUAAUAUCCUUAUCACAUGCAGCUUUUGCCAAAAGAAACAUCUAUUACAGGCUUAACAAAUUUCCAGGCGUUGACAUAUAUAUGAAGGAUGCAUAGCAAAUUGAUCAACUGUGCCUCAAACCCUCUUAUCUCUGCAUACUGAGAUAAUAUUAGGUCUGUUCGAGAGCUGUGCAGUCUCCGGAGCUUAAGGCCCUCUCCACAGUACCCUGAUAGAUCUUGGCAUGUUGCCAUCUCGUGCUCCUCUAAAUAAUAAAUGCCUAUCACACUCCUCACCCGCAGUCUAGCUAAAACGCUGGGAUUGCAGGAGAUAGAGACCUGCGGUAUUACUAUGUCAAGCAUAUCCCAAGUGAACUGUUCCUCCUCUACAUUUAGAUGACCUGUGUUCUAAAUACGUAUAUCAUAUCAUGGAACAUGUUCCAUCUAUACCCCAGAUGACCAGCUGACGCAGUGCACAAUAGACUAAAGGAUAACAGUGCCUUCACUAGAGCUCACUAGUCACUCACCCACCCACCCACUCACUUCUUUCUUCUUCUCCUUUGGGAAAGAUUCAUGUUGCAGAAGAGGCAUUGUUUGCUUUUCCUUCUGAAGAAGUUAGUUCAGAAGGACCGAAAACUCAGAAUGUACAUUAACCCAUUAUUAGAAAGAGUCUGUUGAUUAAAUUACACAAAAAUUGUUGACGCUUUAGGAAAGCUGCGAUGGAUUGAGAUAUAUGGCGGAAAUGUUGGUCCAAGUAUAUGUUCUACGGUAUAAUAAAAGUUUGACUCCAUCCUAAACAUAAUUUCUGAGCUAUUAAGGCAUCAGAAUAAUGGAUGCGGAUAUCAGACAGAGUGCCCUGACUGGAAAUGGAGCAAAAUACAUAGUUGUAAUUUUACCCCCGCCCCAUCACCGCCUAUUGGACACAUACCAGACUGAAGAGUAACUAAAGAGCAUUGCUGCGCUGCUGAGUGAACUACUUUUCAUGCCAUUUUGUCACGUGGAUGAGUCUGUCAAAAGCCACCCAAGAAAGAGCCGAGGUGUGAUUACUGGGGUCCUGAAGAAGUUCACGAGGAUGUGAAAGGAUCAGUUGAACUGCUACACAUUACUGUGCCUUUGCCGAACAUGGGGCUGUGUACGGUCAUUAGCUUGGAGUCUGUCGUCGUCUGUUUUUUGCACUCUCUUUCCCCCUACUUCCUCAAAGUCGAAUGAAAGCACAAGGAAUUGAUGCAAGGUGACUGGAUGUCUUCACUUAGCCGUCUGAGCAGGUGUGCAGACCCCAGAGGCCUCGUAAAAAAAGUCCAAACGGCCGACGUAAUCAGGCUGUCCUAUCUGCUCCUUGAAUGGUUUCAUAAAGCUCUGCGCUCUUUGAUUAGACUGCUGCAGACCAGUCAAUGGGAUAUUGAUUUUCCUGCCCCAUUAUUACAGCUGUCACAAUUCAGCUGCUUGACUGACUGAUGGUCUCGUUUCUAUUGCACUCGUUCUGUUGUGUUACUGUCACUGAUGUAUCAGCACUAUCCCUAUUUCAUAAGGCAAUCUUCUUUUGUUGUGUUUUGCUUUUUUCUUUCACUAGACAUUUCACUGUAUUAGCUAGGUUUUCAAGUAUUUUGUAGUGUAGUGGUAGAUUUGGAGCAGUAACCUGAAACUGAUUGGCUGGUUGAUUUUUUUUAAAGUUAUAUAUCAAAAUACUGCUGUAUCAGUCUUUCCAAUAGCGUAAAAGCCUAGUCACACCAGCAUUAGAAGGACCAUUGUCUUGGAUUUAGGGUGAUCUAUUAGCAGCAAAGGAAUUUGAUAUUCACUAUUAAUUAUACAAUAAUGUUUAGUUAUCCUAAACUAAUGAUGCAUUUACACUGCAUGAUACACAGCAGAGCAGCACAGUUCUAUACAGUGGAUCUUUUUAGUUUUUCAAUUAGCAAAAGUUGUAGAUAUACUUUAUACCGGGUAUGUAUUACUUUAUUGGUACCACCUCGCUUGUGUGUUCAAAGGGAGCUGAAUGGAUACCUAAAAGUGCUGUUUAAAAUCCAGGAGACUUGUUUGGUCGCAAUAUCUUCUCCUUUGGGGUCGUUUUCUUUAGUUCGAGUGGCUUUUUGCCACUAAAUCCUACACACUGGUCCUCUUAAACAGCAAACCUCUUUGGCAAAAUAGGUUCGUUUGAAUGGAAUUGCAGCAAUCAGCGGAUGCACAUUUGGCAAAGUAAAUUUGUAAAUUUCGAUUUAGGUUUCAUCUGUGUGCUGUUAAACAUUACCUAGCCCUUUUGACAAGCCAGAUUAUUCGAAAUGGAGAAAGCUAAAGUGUCUUUUUUGCCCUGUUGCAUUAAUAAUUUAACAUUAAACCCAUUCUCUGUCAGAAUUGGGACUUGGGACAAGUUAUGAAACUGGGUUUGAUGGUAUAAAAAUAUAGUAUCUUUGGAAUAAAAUGUGGGAAAUAAGCAUCAGUAAAGCAAGCUAACUAGCUUGGGGAGUUUACUUUAAUGAUAGAGAACAAAGACUGACUGGCAUGUUUCCCACUGUCAUGUUUUACCGUUGGCUCAACAGCUACAGUAUCUCAAGCACUAUCUUCUGUGCGUAGCUAUUCUAACAAAGCCCAUUUCAAAAAGACGUGCAGGUCAAUAUCGCUGUGACACUUUCUGGUGUGACCGGGCCACAAAUAAGCUUGUGUGUGUGCAAAUACCUGAUCCGAGUGAUGUUAAUAUUUCCGUAAAUAUCCAAAUAAGGUAACUUCAUUGGAAGAUGGCAGAUUCCUAUUCACAGUGUUAAAAUGUGUAACUGUUUCACUACACUUUCAUAAUUUUUACAUAGCCUAAUGUUUCUUACCUCUGCUCUUGCUCGCACAGAAAAUCAAAACUACAGUUUCUUGUGCUUUAAUAAAUACUACAAAGUAAAAUCUAGAAAGUGAUCAGAGCCAUCAGCUUGAAGUGUAUUGAUCA